GUUACGUAGUCACCUCUCUUAUCUUUAGAUAACAGAGGUGACUUCGUAAUACAUAUUACUUUUUUAGUCAUACGUGUUACGAUCAUAAGACUUACACGACGUGAUUAGCAAAGAUAGCAACGUUAACAGUUUCGGGGUGGAUAAUUUUAGUUCCGUUUUCUGUUUGAUGGUUUUUCUGUUUCUUUUUAUCACUGACUGUAGCGAGAAUAUUAAAUAUUGUUUUUUGUAAUUGUAAAGUAGUGGAGUCCACCAAGACAGAAAAAGACAAAGAGUGGAGUUUAGUUGUUAAAAAAGAGAUCCUUUCGUUGUUUCCGCCAUCGACGAACAAAUACGAGCCGUUUCGUUAGCAUCCAUUCCACUAAGCCAGGCCAACGUGACGAACUGCAUCGAAGAUAAGAAAAUAUCUAUAUAUUUAGAUUAAAAAGCAGAUCUUUUAAACUUUGAUCUUCGUAAUGAAAUAUGGCGGAAAGUCAGGAAUCGGGAAGUUUGGCCAUAGAUGCCUUAGAUACAGCAACAGGAAGAAUAGCAGAGUGUAUUGUAGUAAAAGACUCAGAAAACGUCAUUGUAGGAAAUGUUUAUAUAAAUCAAACAUCCAGUUCAACUGAUAACAAUGAUUCAGAAACUUUUCAGAUACAGAGAGAAUGUUUAAUGAAAUAUUACAAGACCAAAAAUGCUCAUAUGACAUCUUUGUUGUGGAGUGAAAUACGCAAAGAUUUUCCCUUGAAAGAAUAUUUCAUCGAACUUAGAGUUCAGGAAGCAGAUUUAUUAGGCAAAAAAGCAGGAGAAACUAUUCAGUUUACAGAGAUUUUUCCAAAAUCAAUGGAUGGACAUGUUGUAAUGUUAUUCACUGGUAAUCCCGGUUAUGGCAAAACUACCUUUUGUAAAAAAAUAGCCUACGAUUGGGGUAGCGAUACAUCCCGUACUGGUUAUUUAGGACAUUAUGAUUUUACUGUCGUCAUUAUUUUGCGAAAAUUAGAGAAUAAAAGUAUAACAGAUGAAAUUCUCCAACGUAUCAGUAAAAAUACAGAUACCAAUUCUAGAAAUAAGUUAAGACAAAGAGGAUUUAAUUUAUUAAUAAUUUUGGAUGGAUUCGAUGAAGUUUGUGAUAAACAUUCUAUUAUACAGUUCAUUGAAAAAGAUUCAUUUCAUAUUUCUAAAAAUAUAACAAUUCUUGUUACUUGCCGUCCUCACGUUGCCGAAAAUAUAAGAGAAUACGUAGAUAUGAGAUUCAUCAUUCAAGGAUUUUCACAACAACAGAAAGAAGAUUAUAUUAAAUUAGUUAUUGAUAAGGAUGACGUCAAUCGGUACAAAAUUUUAUUUUUGAUAAAACUUAGCCCUUUACAUUCUGCCUUAGCUGAAUGUCCGUUAAUGUUGCAUAUGUUAUGCUGUCUACCAAAAACGGAAAACUUCAACGAAAUAAAAUCAAUGACACAUUUGUUCAUUAAAAUCUUUCGUCUGGUGAUAAAAAGAUAUAUGAGAAAAAUGAAAGAACAACAUAAUUUAAAAAAAGGAAAGUUUUUGUAUGGAGAGGACUUACUAGUUAAAUUGGGAAAAACACAUUUAGAGAAAUUAUCUAAAAUGAGAAAAAAAAACAUAACUACUUCCGUGUACGAGUUAUGCAAAUCCCUAAUAUUACAAGAAAAAGAGUUAAGAGAACAGUUUCCAGAAGAAAAAGACUAUCAGUUUAUAACAGGAAUCGAUAUUAUUUCACAGUAUUUUGGGGUAGAUGGAAUUAGUCGUUUCGAUUUCAUACAUGGAAACUUUCUCGACUUUAUUAUCGGUCUUUGUUAUUACUAUUCAAUACGAAAAGAUCAUGUCGAUUUUGUGUUUAUAAACUUUCUCUCCGGUCUUUAUGGAAAUGAAAAAUUUCCAAAUGAAUUUGUGUACGCUCUUCAAGAGAAUGUUUGUCAUCCUGUAAAUUGGCUUGACUGUUAUAAUGAAAUUGAAAAUAAUACGAACAAAAAAUUAUUCUGUUUAAAUGCUAAAAUAUAUUUUGAUUUUACCUGUCUAGAAAUGAUGACAAGUAUAUUAAAGCUACCUUUUUUCCCACUUUCUCAAAUUUAUUUUCAUUUUACCGAAACGGAACACGAAGAAAUUAAAGAAAAAUUAAUAGACUUACACAACAUUUACAAAAAUUCUGAUAAAUUGGAAAUAUCUCUAUUUUUGGAUAAAAGUAUAAAAUUCUUGGAAGAAGGAGUUAGCUUUAUGAAUCAAAUUUUUCCAGAACAGAUUUGUGAUAUUCGUCAAUCCGUAGAUCUCAUUCAAGAUUUAAUAAACAGUUUUAAAUGGGACAAAUUUAAAAUAUUUUUCAGUGGUGUACUUAUCCUUACACGAAUUAAUGGCCCUCUUGUACGUUACAACAAGUAUAAUUUUUUCAAAGAUGUCGAGAAUCCUGCAGUAAUUCCAGAAGAUUUUGAACUGAAAUCACAUAAAACAAAUAAAAAUGUUGUUGCUCUGCUUGCUAAUCAUAAAUUCAAUUACAUUUCAGUAGAAAUCAAGUAUUUGAUUUCUACUGAACAGUAUUUCAGUCUAAAAGAUAAUAUCAAGCUAUCAUCUGAUAAUAAAUAAGCAGUAAGUUGCAUU